AUGAGAAAAUAUAAACGUGUUGUUGGCUCAAAAAAAAAGAAAUAUGGUGAUUAUACAAAACAGUCACUUGUUAAUGCUCUCGAGCAGAUUAAAGAAGGCAUGUCAGUUCGUAAAGCUGCAAACACGUUCAACAUUCCGAAGUCAACCUUAAAUCGAAAAUUUAAAGGCCUUCAAAUGAAGCCACAAGGUGGACAAACGUGCCUCACAAAUGCAGAAGAAGUAUUGAUUGCAAAUCAUCUGAUCGUGGUUGCUGAAUGGGGAUUUCCAUUUUCAAAGUUAGAUCUUCGUCUCUUGGUCAAAUCUUAUUUGGACAAGUCUGGUCGAAGUAUCAAAAAAUUUAAAGGAAAUCUUCCUGGCGAGGAAUGGGCUAAAAGCUUUUUAAAGCGCCAUAGAAAUGUGAUUCGUCAGCGUUUGUGUCAAAACAUUAAAACCAAGCGUGCUGAAAUGCAUAAAGAAGACUUUGAAAAGUACUUUGAAAACUUGAAAGAAGUUGUGAAUGAUGUUCCACCAGAAAACAUUUUAAAUUAUGAUGAAACGAAUCUUUCUGAUGAUCCUGGGCAAGAAAAACUUAUUUUCAAACGUGGGAAGAAGUAUCCUGAGCGGGUAAUGAACUAUUCCAAAGGAAGUACCAGUGUAAUGUUCUGUGGAUCUGCCAAUGGUGAGUUACUUCCAGUUUAUGUUGUGUAUAAAGCAAUUCACAUGUGGAACACUUGGACAACUGGAGGUCCAAAGGGUGCUCGAUAUAAUCGUUCUAAGAGUGGUUGGUUCGAUGCUAUCUCAUUUGAUGACUGGUUUCGUACUAUUGUCCUACCAUGGGCGCGACAGAAGGAGGGAAAAAAGGUUGUUAUUGGUGACAACCUGUCCAGCCAUUUUUCAAUUGAUGUUAUCCGUUUGUGUGAAGACCACAAUAUCUCGUUCGUGUGUUUGGUUCCAAAUAGUACGCAUUUGUCCCAGCCACUCGAUGUUGCUUUUUAUGCACCAUUAAAACGUAAGUGGCGGAAAAUAUUAAAGUUCUGGAAAUUGAAAAAUCAAUUCUUGUCAAGCAUUCCAAAGGAUUCAUUCCCUCGACUGUUAAAAGACUUAACAGAAUCACUGAAUACUGAUAACCUUAUAUCCGGAUUCCAAGCAUGUGGUAUCUACCCAUUUAACCCUGAAGCAUUGAUCUCGAAAUUGCCACAGAGUGAACCUUCUACAUCUGCCAGUGCCAGCAACAUCUCCUCAGCUAUACUAGAUCAGCUGAAAAUCAUGCACAGUCCAGUUGAAAACAAAAAACCUGAGAGAAGGAAAAAGGUUACAGUAGACCCUGGAAAAAGUUACAGUGUGGAUGACUUUCUUGAAAGUGAGGACAAAGAUGCAUCUCAAGAUUCUGACGAGAAUGAUUCUGAGUCUGAAGAUUCGGAGUCUGAAGAUUCUGAGUCUGAAAAUUCUUUGGAUGAAUCAGACAAGUCAAGCAUUGAUGAUGAGCCUGCUGAGUUAACACUAAAGCAAUUAGCGCCACAUGAAAUAUCUGUUGGACAGUGGGUUAAAGUUCUAUAUGAAGAGGAAGUGUUUGUUGGAAAAGUCCUUAAAAAGGCUGGAGGGGAAAGCAUGGUCCAGUGCCUUGAAAAGCCCUAUGGUAUAAGGGAACCACAAAAUCUUGAAAGAGAAAAAGAUGCAGUGUUUUAUGCAAGUAUUUAUGAAUGUGAUGUCACACCUCAAUUAAAAAAAGCUGGACGAGGCUGGAAAUAUAGCUAUUAA